AUGACCUACAAUCCAAAUUGGCUUGAAAUUAAAGCUGAGUUGCUACCUGGACAGUCACCACAUGAUCGUCUUGAUUUGCUAACAAGAAUAUUUCAUUCAAAAUUUGAUGAGAUGAAGACCGACAUUCUUACAAAAAAUGUACUCGGGAAGGUUCUAGCAUAUGCAUAUGUUAUUGAGUACCAAAAAAGAGGUUUACCACUUGCCCACAUGGUCAUUAUUUUGGAUGAAAAUGAUAAGUUACGCACUCCUGAUGAUUAUGAUAACAUUGUUAGAGCUGAAAUUUCAAACAAGAGAUUAGAGCCUAGAUUAUACAGUGCAAUUCUCGAACACAUGAUACAUGGCCCAUGUGGAAUGUACAAUGAACGGUCCCCGUGUAAGACAAAUGGUCGGUGCAAAAGACGUUUCCCAAAGCCAUUUUCUCCAAUUACUACACUUGGAAAUGAUUCAUAUCCUGAUUAUCGAAGAAGAAAAGGGGAGUCAGUUCCUUUAGAGAGUAAUCCAAGUGUCUUGGUGGACAAUAGUUGGGUCAUUACAUACAACUCAUGGUUGCUCUUGAAAUAUGAUUGUCAUAUCAAUCUUGAAAUUUGUAGUAGUGUUACAAGUGUGAAGUAUUUAUAUAAAUAUGUUUAUAAAGGGCCUGACCGUGUUGCACUAGAAGUUCAUCAAGGUCCUAAUUAUGAUGAAGUACAAUAG